AUGCUUCUGUUUUGUCCAACAUGUGGGAAUGUGUUGAUUGUAGAGGAAGGACAGAAGUGCUAUCGAUUCGCCUGCAACACAUGUCCGUACGUGCAUAACAUUACUAGGAAGGUAAACAACAGGAAGUAUCCCAAACUGAAAGAGGUUGAUGAUGUGCUUGGUGGAGCUGCAGCCUGGGAAAAUGUGGAUUCCACGCCAGAAAAAUGUCCCAAGUGUGAGCACCCCCGAGCAUUCUUCAUGCAGAUUCAGACAAGAUCUGCAGAUGAACCGAUGACAACGUUCUACAAAUGCUGCAAUUAUGAGUGUGGACAUCGCUGGAGAGACUAAACUGGUGUUCAAUAGGAUCUCUACCUGAGAACACUAGUUGAGUCAGCUAACCUGGUUUUAUGGUGUAUGUGCUGUAGCCAAAUCUUCUGUUGUCAUGCCAGACAGCGAAUAAACAGGACUUUGCUAAUAGCACAAACAGACUGGACCACAUGACUUCUAGUUGACCACACCAUUGGUGCCAAGCGUGUUGGGAAAAAGUAGCAAGAGUUGGUGUAAUAUACACUUCUACCAAAUGUACUUCAUACACAAGAGUAUGUCCUUACUUUAUUUAUCAUUGUGAUUAGUUAACUUCUCUGGGUUGUUUCCUAUUACAUUCAGAAGUCAAUUGCACUUCUAAUUUAUAGCUGAAGAUACAUAAUUUGUGUUUGAGUAGUUGCCGAAGGACCAGAAUCCAUUGUUGGUGUCAUUAUUUUAUUUCUCCUAGAUGUUUAACAUACUAUAAAAAUGACUGUUUUUGGAUUGAAAGAGUAUGACCAUCUGACAAAUUACUAAUAAUAUAAAAUCACAAAUACUGGUUUAUGUUAAAAUAACUGCACUGUAUGCAACAGUAAUGACCCAACUUAUCAUUUAGAUGUACAUUAUACCAUUUUUUUUGAGGGGGCAACAGACCAAACUAGCUACCAACAACAAAAGCCAUCAUUGUGUUCAAAGUUAAAUACAAUCCCUAAACUCUGCUUUUACUACAUGUUCUUACACAGCUUCAAGCCACUUCACACAGCAUGUAGAAGAUUCAAUAGAGUAUAAAGUUAAGAGGCCAGCCUGUGAAACAUAUCCAUAAGAAUGUAUGUAAAUGCGGACAUACUCCACCUGCCGUCAGUGUUUACUGUAUAUAAUCAUGCUGGUUAUUGGUAGUAUUGAGAUGAGACGAGAGAUCCUACAGACGACUCAAAUGAAGCAGACAAAAUAUCUUGCAUACCAUACAUUGGUGUACUUGGACUGGAUCGAACACGUUAAUGUGGGGUCAAAAUGAUCACAAGAACGGUGAGCAAAUAUCCCAGAACCACACGGGGGGACCUAGUGAAUGACCUGCAGAGAGCUGGGACCAAAGUAACACAGCCUACCAUCAGAAACACACUACGCCGCCAGGGACUCAAAUCCUGGAGUGGCCUAGCCAGUCUCCAGAUCUCAACCCCAUAGACAAUCUUUGGAGGGAGUUGAAAGUCCGUGUUGCCCAGCAACAGCCCUAAAACAUCAGUGCUCUAGAGGAGAUCUGCAUGGAGGAAUGGGCCAAAAUACCAGCAACAGUGUGUGAAAACCUUGUGAAGACUUACAGAAAAUGUUUGACCUCUGUCAUUGCCAACAAAGGGUAUAUAAAAUUGAGAAACUUUUGUUAUUGACCAAAUUCUUAUUUUCAACCAUAAUUUGCAAAUAAAUUAAUUUUGAAAAAUC